AUGAGUUCAGAUGCCAUAUUGAGCCUCCUUCCUAGAAAUAAGGAAGAUUUACUGUCAGGGUUCAAGAACAAACAGAUGUUAGAUGAUUCUUUACUUGAAAUGCUGGAUUACUGCUGCACCGCGUUUUACAACGGAGAUUAUGUGUCUGCGUCAGUAUUAUGUAAACCGGUGUUGGAUUACACCUGGGAGAAACUAAAUACUGGUUACUGGAAAGAUGUUGACAUCAAUUGGAGGUAUGUUUAUACCAUAGGAUCAGCGGUAUUAAGCAUUUGUAAAUAUUUAACAAAAAGUGAUGAUCCGUGUGAGGAUUUCUUCAAAGACCUAAUGAAGACAGUCGAUACAGGGAUAUUAAUGGGAGCACCUGUUUUAGAUAAUGUCCUUGAUAGAUUAAUGCAUGCAUUCAAUGAUAUUUAUAAAGAAUUUACAAAGACAAAGCAACUUAGCAAAAGGAAAUUAUCUACUGAAAAUAAAGGUGAGGAUGAAAAAAUUAAAAAGAACAAGUCUGAAUGUAAGAAUGAAAAAUAUCAUGUGGACAGUGAUAGAGAGAUCAAAAGAUGUUGUCCUUCUCUAGAAACUUUUCAAAGUCAGUAUCUAACUAGCCAUACCCCAGUGAUAUUAACUGGGUUAAUGGAGCACUGGCCAGCCAUGACUGGAGAAAGAUCCUGGAAUCUAGAGAGAAUCCGUUCCCUGGCAGGACAUCGGUUAGUCCCUAUAGAGAUAGGUUCUAAGUAUACAGAAAAUAACUGGACUCAAAGCCUGAUGACAGUCGGCGAAUUUAUUGACAAGUUCAUUGAAAAUUUUUCUGAGGAUUUUCCAACAGGAUAUCUGGCUCAACACCAGCUUUUUGACCAGGUACCAGAAAUGAAAGAGGACAUUAUUAUACCAGACUACUGCUACUUAGGUUCAGAGGAAGAAGUGGACAUAAAUGCUUGGUUUGGACCUCAGGGAACUGUGUCUCCACUUCAUCAAGACCCAAAAGAAAACUUUUUAUCCCAAGUGUUUGGAGAAAAGUAUGUUCGUCUCUAUUCUACAGAAUUCACAAAAUCUGUUUAUCCCCAUGAUACAAUGCUGUUGAAAAAUACAAGCCAAGUUGACAUUGAAAAUCCUGACCAUGUACAAUUCCCAUUGUUUAAAGCUGCCUGUUAUUCUGAAUGCAUUCUUAAACCUGGAGAAAUGUUGUAUAUACCCAAAGAAUACUGGCAUUUUGUCAAAUCAUUAUCAAUAAGUUUUUCUGUAAGCUUUUGGUGGCAAUAGAUGUUUAGCUAAUUGAUGUUUAUCAUCAUAAUAAUCAAAUGGCAAUAAGUUGACAGACAGGUUAAUUUUUUCAAUUCAUCUGAUACAUUUAUGUUAAAUAUAUAUUGACACAAUGUUUAUGUGUGAAUUAUUUUAGAGAAUGACAAACAACUUUUAAUUUAGAGAGCAGACAAUCACUGCAGGAGAUGUUUGUUAUUUCGAAGCAUUUACAUAACCUUGUUUAAGCCUCCAUUGUUUUGAAAAAUGACUUAUUAAUACAAGAA